ACAAACAGUUAAUGUGGAAUUGUAUUACCCUUUUUUUCUUACUUAAAAUGUCGUAAAUCAAUAAUGUUCAGGUACAAAUAGAGAGCGGUGAAAAUUACCGGCGUUAGGUUAUCAUGGCAAGGGAAGUAAGAGGGCGGGAAUAAACGGCCCCACCUUUAGACUGGACUCUGGGCUCAACCGACCAGGACACACGUGACGCAACACAAGCCAGCGCGCGCUCUUCUCCGUAUCUAUCUCUGACUGGCCUUAUCUUCACCACUAUGCCCUUAUAUACUCGUCCUAGUGACACUAUAUUUCUUAGUUCGUCGCAGCCACCGCAGCUCCUCUUACUAGUAAUAGUCAACUGUCGACAGCAACGAUUCACCUAUUCAGCGACUGAGACACAUCAUAAAUAUUACAGUCUAAGAACACUGCAGUGAUUGUAUUAUAUCCUUCCAUAACAACUAGUGAAAAAGAGAUCAAUUAAGAGUGAGUGAAAAUAAUUGAAAAUAAAGAGAAAACUUAGAAGACUAUUGUAGUGGUAUAAGAGAAGGAUACUCGCCACCAUGAAGGCAUUAGCCUACACCACGUCAAGUUUCCUGAGUCCCCCCAGUGAUGAGCAGGAGGGCGCGACCAACUCCGUUUUCCCUGAACCUAAUCAACUGAUGGUGUAUAACAUGCUCAUCACCACGCUCUUCCUGCUGUUUGUGCUGACCACUGUGGCCCUGCUCAUCUUCCUGCUCAUGAGACGACCUCCCUGCUGCCCCUGCUGCAGGACCCCAUACGACACCUCUGCUUCGGCUACAGGAAGCAAUGGUUCUCAGGCGGCGCACAUCACGUACCUGACGGAGACUCACGGCAUCGUGGUGAAGAAAUGGAUGAAGGACUCACCGCCGCCCUACGAGAGUCCCCCGGACUACAACAGCCUGUCCCCAGAGCUCAUUAUGGACGCCAAGACCCUACAGGAGCUGGUCAGCACCACCACCACCACCACUCAGUCACCUCACAACCCCACCACUUCCUCCUCCAGCCAACCCAGGUCCUCCUCGCCUCUCUGCACCACGCCCCUCUUCAGCCCCCCCUUCUGCGACUCUCCCAGAAGUCUCACUCCAACGGUGCACCAGGAGGGAAAGUUGUUAGGGGUGUUCGACAGACCGCCCUCACCCAUCUUCACCUCACACCAACAGUAUCCAUCAUCCACCAACUCCCACUGUCAUCCAUCAACGGCUGCUUACGUGGCAUCGUCGACGGCACCCGCUACAGUGCCUUCUGCAGUGUAUGGAGGACAGGCAACGCCCUCCCCCCCUGCGUACGAGAGCUUGCGGUUAUAUUCUCACGAUGGAAGCAGAAGAAAAGAAGACAAUCAGUGAUAAGUUGUGACCACAAUCACAAAGAUCAAUCUUUUAUUUCCUUAUCUCACUCCUUUCUCUCUGUCGGUGAACGAUAGUAUUAGUUCUAAAUUAGUGUGUAUACCAUACUAUGGAACCAUUACCUAAGCUUCGUCAAUCAUCACCCGUAGGUUGAAGUAACUCUGGAUUAAUUUAUAGGAUAACAAAAACUGCAACGUUUAUGGUGAAGUAUCAAAAUAUUGGCCACUGGUGGAGAACAAAUACUUCUCCAACUUUAUUAUUGAAUGACGUAAUACAUUCCUACUCGACUCCCUUCAGAAAAUAAAAUAGGUUCUAUGACAUUACUUAGAUUAGAUGCCCACGGACCAUUUACCCUUAUAAUUAUAUAGGUCUUUCAAAAGCCUAUAUGGACCAGUUACCAAUUGGCCAGGGCGCUGAAGUGUAAAUCUCAGGUUAUGACAGUCCUUUACAAUGGCUUCCUCUGGUGACGGCAGGAGACUCAGACCACUGUGUACAGAACGAGGUUGGGUGUCAUCUUCCAGGCUUUGUACACCCACUCAGAACUGAGGUCCCCUACCCAUCAAUCCCUCGUCGACUGCCACUACUGCUAGCCGACCAACGAAUACUGCUAAACGACCAACCACCACCCCUAGCCGACCAACCACCACUACUAGCGGACCAACCAUUAUUCCUAA